AUGAGCAUCCCCUACCCCAACUUCACGAUUACCAUCCUCCCCAGGCCCAAUGGACCUCCGCACAUCGUCGGCGUGUUGGACGCGUUGACUCGCCCAACACUUGACACCCAGUACAAGAACCCGGCAACGUACCCUGUCGAGCUGGCGCGUACCCGGGCCACACUGGACAGGGACAUGGGCGUGAUCGACAACGAGAUUGUUGCCUAUGAAAAGUGGCGGACCGAGUUGGACGACGAAGUGCGACAGCUGGCACGGCGCGACAUGCACCUCAUCGGGUGGAGGCGCCAGCUGGGUGCUCACAUCGACAUCCUGGUCAACAAGCUAGGCUACACUACCGGGACCCGCCAUGCCCCCGUUCCUACUACCCCCCACGUCGCAUCAUCGGCAUACCCUGACCAGGAGAGCCGCCUCGCCGACGAGGGUGCUCUGGCCGAGUACCUCGACGAACUGAACGCAGCCGCCGAUGAGUCCGAGGUCAUUUGCCGCCGCAUGGAAGUGGUCGGCGGCGAGACGGAGGGACUCAGGGGCCAGAUCGGGGCUCUCCUGCUCAAGUCCCACAACUUGGAGGCCGCGAAAGAGAAGUACGAGUCCGAAUACACGCGCUUCCACGCCGUCCGAGACGAGCACCGCUGCAAGGCAUGGACGGCCAUUCGCGAGCUCUGCAGAUCCGGGGUGCGCACCACCACCGACCCCGCCACCAUGCUCCGCACCGCGCUCUACUUUGACAUACUAGGGAGCCGGUCGGCCCGCGACGCGCUGCGUACCCUACUCAGUGGGCUAGAGGGCACGCAGGUCCGGGCUUCCUUGGGGGAGAUUCUGCCUGACCUCGCCAUCAACGACGAGCAGUUACGCUUUGUGUUGUCGUUCGUGGACUGA